UCUCUUCUCUUCUUUCCCACACACCUCCACCUCCACCUUCGCCUCCACCAACAUCCUCUAUAUAGUCUCUUCAACGUUAUUGAGCAUCAGUCCACACCCCUGCAAACAGAUAUGAAGAUCGCUCUUUCGACAUUACUCGCUAUCACGGCGCUGUUCUCCAGCACCACCGCAGAGGUCAACACGCCUUUCACAGUCAACACGCCCUUCACAGUCAAUAAGAACCCCGUGGAUGUCACUCUGUUUGUAAUGUCUAGGUGUCCGGAUGCCAUCAAGUGCGAGGGUGUCUUUUCCAGGGUCUUCCAAGCAGAGAACCUGCCUCCAGUGGAUCCGCUGCUCUCGUAUAUCGGCUCCAUUGACCGUACCAGCGUCUCGACCUCAGAUGUGCACACCAACCCGGCCUCUGGAUUCCGCAACUCCACCACCACCACCACCACCACCACCGUGACCUGUAAGCAUGGACCACUGGAAUGUGCAGGCAACACGCAACAGUUGUGCUUUAAGAAAUAUUUCUCAGAUCAUUCGGUUUGGGUACGUUUUGUCGUCACAAUGAACUCGUUACAGUCGCGCAGGAUCGGUGAGCCAGAAUAUGCAAGAGAGGUUGGGGAGAAGAUCGUGGGUGGCACUGUUGAUAAAGAGACAGAGUCGUUGCUGGACAAGGUUGAUGAGUGCAGUAGAGGUCAGGAAGGAUUUGAGCUAUUGGUGGAUUCGGUGCAACAUACGAUUGACCAUGGCGUCGGGACGAGCUGCACAGUCUUCAUCGACAACAAGAAACGUUGUGUGGUUGAUGGAGGGGUCUGGAGGGAGUGUCCUGAAGGAAGUUCAGUUGCUGAUUUUGUCAGAUCAAUCAAGGAGGCCGCCUUACAGCUCACUACCACCUUGAUGAAGAGCUGUUUGUUCCGCCGAAAGUCUUGGUAGAGCGGACAGAAAGGGAGCAAGCAGAUAGCGUCGUCUCCCUUGCACCCCAUUCUUUCUUUUUUUUUUUUGUGCAAUACAUUUUAUUCUUGAAGACACUAGGACUGGGGCCAGGAUCUCAUUUUUCGAACAGGGGAGUAGGAAAUCCAUAUGCCAAUUUGGUGUAGGAAAUCCAUAUCCCAGGCGGGCGUAGGAAAUCCAUGUAGUUCCAUGUGGCUUAUAAUCUAUCUUUCUUGUAGCUUCACACUUUUCGUCGAAC